GCAGUUCCUCUAUGAAGCACAGAUGACAGGUUUCGUUCGAGUUAGAAAGUAGAAAGCCGGUUGUUGACAAGUAAUUGACGAAUAUUUUGUGAUCGUUUUCAAUUAGAAUGGAGGUGUUACCGUUCGUCGAUAUCAAACACAGCAGUCCUGAAGGCUGUGAUCCAUCCGAAUACAAUGAAUUCUUUCGUUCGGAGGAGACUUCUUUGAUUGAAGCCCUAUCGAAGAGACUGGAGGCCGAGCUUAGGACUGCGAAGCGUACUCAUCUGUCGGUCGGGGACGUGCUGCUGCCCAACGGACUGACCCAUUCCAUAGCCAAAGACCUCUUCUAUUUGGCCGACUCCGAGCCGUGCGGUUUGCGCGGCUGUACGCUCUACAUAGACUUCGAAGCGAAUGAUCUCAAAACGAAUUUGAGCAAAGUCGAAUGCGAUUCAUCGACGCCGUCGACGUUCGAGGUUUAUUUGACGCUCAAGCAGACGACGAAAGGAUGGAAUUCGUUCCUGCCCCAGUUCCUCAAAAAAAUCACCAAUUCAGGAGAACUAAUUAUAAGUGCGGAAUACGGGCUCCAAAAGAAGCAAUUGUACAGAUCGAGCUACUAGCCCGAGUGAUUUACUUGUGAUCGUUCACAUACACAUAUACGUAUAAACAUAUAUAACUCGAAAUUUUUUAGUUCUUUCACUAUUUUUUUUUUGUAUAAUCAUAUAACUAUAUCAUUAGUUGUAAAUGUUUUCAUUUUUCAUUAUGAAGUUAGUUUAACAUUGAGCGUGUAAGAUACAUUGCGAUGGAAUAAGCUGAGAGUUUUUAAGGUUUUUGGUACUUUUAAAAACACUAAAAAAAUUGUGAUAUAGGUGUGCAAAUUAUAAAAGUGUUAUAUUUUUUGUGAUAUUAGUUCGAUAAUUUUAUUUUUAUAGAAUAGGUGCGUUCGAAAGAUAUUUGGUUCAGAACUGAAGUUAUACAAUAGCGAGCGAGGCGUAUCGAAGAGUAAAAAUUUAACGAAUAAUAGGCAUGAUGUGCAGUUUAAAUCGGUUAAAUUGCUUUACUCAGGACGAGAUUCGUUUGUUUUGUUGAAUGUGAUCGAUUCAGUAUUAAAAACCUUCUUUACCAAAUAUUCUAAAGAACAAUCUGAUCUCAAAUUAAUAUAGAUUUGUUAGAGAUGUGGGAAUUUUUAUACAUUUUUAAUAGAAGUCUUCAUAAGAUUUAUGUACUUCCAUACUAAUAUUACUAGAUUUUUCAAGGCAAUAGACACAAAAGAUUAGGAAGAUUUUGACGGCGCGUACUUGAUUUUUUUUUAAUUCAACAGAACUUUAUGCUGUUAUUCCUAAUCUUUUUUGUCUGUUGUUUUGAUUCAAUGUACUAUUACGAGUAUUUAAGUGUCUGUACCAAUAAAACUAAAAAAAAAAAUAAAUCUUUGAAGUAUGUUA